AUGACAAUUUCCCAAUCUUUGGACGAAUCAUAUACCAAACAUAAAAUUAUUCCUGAUGUGGUUGACAAGUUUGACACUCAAGGAUUGUUGACAAUUGAGUACAAUGAACAAGAUCAUGUUGCGUUAGGAAAUACAUUGAAGGUGGAAAAUACCCAGCAUAAGCCUGUUAUUCAGUUUACCCUUAACUCCCCAGGACAAGAGAAUGAGUUUGAAAUCUCGAAUGAUGACAAAUUUACUUUGGUGUUGACCGAUCCAGAUGCACCAUCUAAUAAAGAUCAUAAAUGGUCUGAGUAUGCUCAUUGGAUUGUUACUGAUUUACCAUUGAAUGCUAACAGUAACGACGUUGAAGCAUCAGAAUCCUUAACUACUGUUUUGGAUUACUCCAAGGGAAAGGAGAUCUUGUCUUACCAAGGUCCAGCUCCCCCUCCAAAGACUGGUAAACAUCGUUAUGUAUUUUUAUUAUUUAAACAGGACCCAUCAGUAUCCAAGUUUGAAACACCAAAAGAUAGACCUAACUGGGGCACUGGUAUUCCAAGUUCGGGUGUUAGAGACUGGGUCAAGAAGAAUGGACCUGAACUGAAGUUAUUAGGAGUCAAUUUCUUCUAUGCACAAAACGAUGUUCAAGAGUAA